CACACACCAACCUCCAGAAUAUGCUCUUUCUGAUAGGCUCAGUUUGCAUUUUUCAAAUCGGGUUUUGAGAGACAGCUUUCCCCUUCCUGCUCUUUCCAGUCCAUCCACACAACACAACACACACACAGUGGAUUAACGGACAGAAAUCCUAGUCGAAAGCAGCGAGUCGCCGCCAUCCUUAAAAGGAAAGUAAAAACAGGAAUAUAACCCAAAAACAAAGAUGUCAGCCCGAAGUGGAAAAAAGAAGAUGACAAAGUUAUCCCGCUCAGCCCGAGCGGGAGUCAUUUUUCCUGUUGGCAGAAUGAUGCGAUACCUGCGAAAGGCAACUUUCAAAUAUCGUAUUGGAAUGGGGGCACCCGUUUACUUGGCUGCUGUAAUUGAGUACCUGGCAGCUGAAAUCUUGGAAUUGGCUGGAAAUGCAGCAAGAGAUAACAAGAAGAGUAGAAUAACCCCAAGGCACAUACUGUUGGCAGUGGCAAAUGAUGAAGAGCUUAACCAACUUUUACGGGGAGUCACGAUUGCAAGUGGUGGUGUGUUACCACGAAUUCAUCCUGAACUUCUAGCCAAGAAACGUGGUGCCAGAGGCAAAGUGGAAACCAUUCUUUCUGCUCCAGAAAAGAAAGCAAAAAAAGCAAAGCCCUCCCCAGUCAAAAAAACAAGCAAGAAAACGCCCAGCAAAAAGGCUCCAAAAUCCCCAUCACCCAGAAAGGGCAAACGAACAGAAAACACCAAAGAAGGUGCAUCCAGCACUACCUCAGAUGAUGUACCCGGUGAGGGAUUCACUAUUCUUUCCACAAAGAGCCUGUUCCUGGGGCAGAAGCUUUCGUUGACACAAAGUGAAAUCAGUAACAUCGGUUCUGUUAAAGUCGAAGGCAUUAUUAAUCCAACAAACGCAGAUAUAGACCUAAAAGAGGAUGUAGGUAAUGCUUUGGAGAAAGCAGGAGGAAAGGAGUUUUUGGAAGCUGUGAAGGAGCUGCGAAAGUCCAAUGGUCCUUUGGAAGUGGCUGGGGCUGUCUUGGGUCAGGCCCCUGGAUUUCCAGCAAAAUUCAUCAUUCAUUGCAACAUACCUCAGUGGGGAGCAGAUAAAUGUGAAGAGCAACUGGAAAAAACUGUGAAAAACUGUUUGACCUUGGCAGAUGAGAAAAAGCUGAAAUCGAUUGCUUUUCCUUCUCUUGCCAGUGGAGGCAGGACCAGCUCUCGAGCUUCAGGUCGGUCUGCAAUCCAUUCAAGAAAUUGUUUCCCAAAGCAAACUGCAGCGCAGCUCAUCCUCAAGGCCAUCUCCAGCUACUUUGUCAACACAACAUCAUCGUCGCUGAAGAACAUCUUUUUCAUCUUAUUUGACAGUGAAAGCAUCGGUAUCUACGUUCAAGAAAUGGCAAAACUUGACACAAAGUAAUACUUUGUUUUUAACAUUUUUUUUAAAAUGAGAAAUUGAUUUGAAUAGCAGGAAAGUUAUGUGCAGCGAUACAAAUUUUUUGUGUGUUUCAGUAAAUGAGAAGGUGCAGGGUAUGAGUCUGAUAGUUGUUUUGUGACUACAUGAAAUGUUUGGAAGUGUAACCUUUUGAUUACAUUUUUUAUAGUACUCCCCUCCCAGAAGGAGGAAAAAAAGUUUUGAAAUUGCAGAAAAAUACAAAAGAAAACAACUUUGACACUGUGCAUCUUUUGCAUUUUUUGUGACUACCUUAAUACUGAAAAGCUUAGAUUUGGGGGAAGUAGUUUUUGUAGUUUGUAGUGAGAAUCACAAUGUAUUGACACAGAUUGAAGGCCUAAAGUGGAAGAUAUUUCGUAAAAAUGCAUUGUUAAUCAGUUCAUGUAACUGCAGUUUAAAUAUCCCUUUUGUUAAUACAAAAAAGUUUCACAUUCCAAUGUGUAUCGAAAAGUGUUGGAAUGCGUUGAAAAGUAUUGGACUGACUGACAGCAGAUCAGUCGCAUUAUGUUACUCCCCCUUGUAUAAUUUGCUGUAGUUUGAUAGUGUUAAGGCUUUUUUAAAUAAAAAAAACAAAAAAACUA